UUUGAUUCUCACUCUCUUCUCCUUCUCUCUUGGCUGUACCUGGCGAAUUCCCGGGCUGGAUCCGAUCCCUUUUCCUCGGCGGUCCAAUUCUGUCGCAGUCUAACUGGACUUGUUGGUCGAGUUUUGAACAUGGGGAAUUCACGUCAUGAUAAGCGAAAAGAGGCUCGUUUGGAGAAGAGUCGACUAAAACACGAAACUUGGCUUCAACGUCAGAGGUUUCAAAAAGGGAAGAAAUUAUCUUUAACUAGUAAAACGAUCAAUUCAGAAGAUAUCCCUGUGACUGAUGACAAGGAAACAGUGCACUUAGAACGGGAGAAUAGUCCUGCUAGUAAUGAGCAUGUGGAGCAAACUUUUCCGGUUGAGAUAGCUGAGACCGAAGUUAAGUCGAAGGAGAAGAAGAUUAGAAAAGCAAACAGUAAGAAGGAUAUGAAGAAAGGUAGGAAAACAAAGUUCGAAGAGUACCUCGAAAUAGAUACCCCGAAAGCAUUCUUAUCUGGCCAAGAGGACUUGGAAUUGGAGAGGAGGCUUGCAAAGAAACUUAGGGUUAAGGAAGGAAAACUAGGGGGAUCAGAUGAUGGUAUCAAUGAGUUAUUUGGAGGAUUUCCAUCUGCCCUUUGCUCUCUGGGAGUGAAACGUAGCAAAUCUGGUAAGAAACGUAAGAAGAAGAGCUCAGAAGAAGGACAGGAUUCUGAGGUUGUAGAUAAGCAAGCGAAUGACGUUUCGGAGCAUGAAGAACUUUGUUUUUCAGAUGAUUCAUUGGAAGACAUAGAGCCAGUUCUUAAACCAUGCAAGAAAAAGAGGCUGCCGAAGGAAGAAUCGGAAAGUCAUCUGAUGGCAAUGGAUGAUAGUGAUCCUUCUGAGACUGUUUCACCAGAAAGUUUGGAGGAAACAAUGCCUAGAGCGGAGAGCAGCACAAAGUACAUUGCUCCUCAUUUGAGAUCUCGGGCAGGAAGUGAACCGGAAGAACACACUCAAACCCGUAGACGGGUAAGAGGUCUUCUUAAUAGGAUGACUGAAUCCAAUGUAGAAUCAAUCACUGCAGAGCUGUCCUCAAUCUAUCGUACUGUUGCUAGAAGUGUGGCGUCACAGAUUUUCUGUGAAGAAGUUUUGGCGUCUUGUGCCAAUGGUCCUCGAGGCAAUGAACAGUAUGCUUCUGUAUUUGCUGCUUUCAUAGCAGGCAUGGCAUGUUCAGUUGGAAUGGACUUCAGCGCAAAACUUAUGGCUAUGCUUGCUAAAUCUUUUGAGGAUGAAUACCAGAAAGAAGACAAUCUCUCUUUGAGGAACGUCACUCUUUUGCUUUCAUAUUUAUGCAUAUUUGGAGUUUGCUCCAGUGAUCUUGUUUAUGAUUUCUUAAUGACACUGGGAAAACGGUUGACUGAAGUUGACGUCUCCACUAUUUUACAUGUUUUACAUUGCUGUGGAAUGAAAAUGAGGAGCGAUGAUCCUCUGGCCAUGAAAAAUUUCAUCAUCAGUAUUCAGAACAGGGCAAAUGAGCUGAAAACAUCGUCAGAAGGGCAGGAAAAAAUAAACACCAAAAGAAUGGAGUUCAUGCUUGAAACCAUUUGCGAGAUCAAGAACAACAAGAAGAGGCCCAAAGAGGAUACAGUCCAACAUACGAGGAUAAAGAAAUGGCUUCAGAAGUUGAGAGUUGAAGAAGUUUUGUUAAGAGGGCUCUCAUGGAGCAAGCUGCUUGAUCCUGAGAAGAAGGGACAGUGGUGGUUGUCGGGUGAUUUGGCGGCUUCUUCAUCGAACCACAACACUGAAGAAGAAUUAGCCAAAACAAUCGACAAAGAGGCCCUCGAGGCCCAGAAAAUGUUAAAGCUCGCUGCUUCACAGAGGAUGAAUACAGAUGCCAGAAAGGCCAUCUUUUGUGUCAUCAUGAGCGGGGAAGAUUACAUCGAUGCGUUCGAGAAGCUUCUAAGAUUGGAUUUGCCCGGAAAGCAGGACAGGGAAAUCAUGAGGGUUCUAGUUGAAUGCUGUUUGCAAGAGAAAGCGUUUAACAAGUACUAUACCGUUCUUGCCUCCAAGUUGUGUGAACAUGACAAGAAUCACAAGUUCACUCUACAGUAUUGCAUUUGGGACCAUUUCAAAGAAGUAGAGUCAAUGUCCUUACAGAGAUCAAUGCAUCUGGCGAAAUUCGUGGCAGAGAUGAUCGCAUCGUUCACUCUCUCCCUCGCGGUACUGAAAUCCGUGGACUUGGCGAAUCCAAAUCAGCUGACUCCGAAGAGAAUAAUGCACUUCCGGAUGCUGUUCGAGGCCAUCUUCGAGCAUCCCGAAAACAUCGUGUGGAAUGUGUUCACUCGGAUAUCGUUGAAUCCCGAUUACGAGCCCCUGCGCGAAGGAAUCAAAUUCUUCGCCAGGGAAUACGUAGUGAAGAAGCCGAACAAAGCAUCGUUCAGAGACAAGUUCACCAAAGCAAAGGAGGCCCUUCACAAUUCAGAAGGAUUUCUCAUGUGAAUGAGGAGAAAAAUGUAAUUUUUAUUUAUUUUUGGUCGAAAUCAAAUCAUCACCCAAAGUGGGAGAAGGCCAAAAGUUUUUUUUCUAGUUUUAUAACAUUAACGGGUCUAAUCAAGUGUUACUUUCAUA